AUGACAACCAUUUGCGACCUCCCCGAAGACGUCCUGGUGGAGCUGCUGUCGCUGCUGCCCGCCCGGGACCUGGUCCGCACCUGCAGGAUGGUCUGCGCGCAGUGGCGGUACGUGGUGGAUCUGACCACCCUCUGGAAGCGCAAGUGCCAGCGUGAGGGGUUUUACCUGCAGAACUUGGACAGGAGUGUCUCGGACUGGAAGGUCUUCUAUAUGCUCUCCCAUCUGAAGAGAAACUUAAUCAAAAACCCCUGUGCUGAAGAGAAAUUUCAGCACUGGAAACUUGAUAAUAAUGAGGGAGAUAAAUGGAAGAUUGAGAAUAUGCCUGGACCUCAUGGAAGAGAAAUCCCAGACCCCAAAGUACAGAAAUACUUCGUUACUUCAUAUGGGCCAUGCUUCAAGUCUCAACUCAUCACCCUGCAGAAAGAAGGAUACUGGAAUCAGCUGAUGGAUGAGAAACGGCCUGAAAUUGUAGUCAAGGACUGGUAUGCUGCCAGAUUUGACUGUGGGUGUCGCUACGAGCUGAUAGUGAGGCUGCUUUCUGAAGACUACAUUGUCCUUGAGGAGUUCCGCCCCGAGCCAGUGGUUAUAGAGCAGUGGAAUGAUGCUGCGUGGAGAGAGAUUUCUCACACCUUCCAGAAUUACCCACCUGGAGUUCGUUACAUCUGGUUCCAGCAUGGAGGCCAAGACACCCAGUUCUGGGCAGGAUGGUAUGGGAUCCGAGUGACCAACUCCAGCAUCACCAUUGGGCCCCUGACAAUGUUAUGAAGGCACAGUAUGUGUUUGCUUUUACCUCAAGACUGUAACCAGGUGGUCUCAGGUGCACUUAUUUGUCUGUACUCUCUGGGUGAGUGUCCUG